AUGAUUUUCUUUAUUCUUUAUCAAAGUACUAGUUUUGAACCAUUUGAUUACAGAGAUGAAAAUCAAGAAGUUCUUAUUGGUUGUUCAUCUGAAUUAAGUGGUGAAGUUGUUAUUCCUCGAACUGUCAAAGAAAUAUAUAGUGAAGGUGAAUAUAAUUAUGCCUUCAAGAAUUGUAGAGAAACAAUCACAUCAAUUAAAUUUGAAGAAGAUAAUAAAAUUAUCAGUAUUAAUAAUUAUAGCUUUUAUGAAACAAAAAUAGAAUCAGCAGAUCUCAGUAAUUGCAAUCAUCUUACAUUGCUAAAUGGAACAGUCUUUCGUGAUUGUAGAAGAUUGAAAUCAGUUUUACUUCCUCCAAAUAUUUCAAGUAUAGGAAGUUUUUGCUUUUAUUUUAAUGCUUUAACAUCAGUAGAUUUACCAGAUUCUGUAGAGACUAUUUAUGAAUAUGCAUUUAGAUAUAGUGGUUUAACAACCAUAAAUAUUUCAAAAAAUUCUAAUUUGAAAAAAAUAUAUUAUGGGUGCUUUGAUAACGCAAAAUUUACAACAUUUUUUAUUCCGAAAUCAUUAGAUGAAAUAUCGUCUGAUGCAUUUAGUUAUUGUUUUUGUUUGGAAAACAUAUCAGUCGAUCCAGAAAAUAAAUGUUAUAAAAGUGAUUCUAAAAAUGUUUUUACAGGAACAGAUAAUUCAACGUUAUUUAGAGUUGCAUCAUCAUAUUCAGGUGAAUAUAUUGUUCCGAGUUAUGUAACAAAAAUUUCUAAUUGGUGCUUUUUUAAAGCGAAUAUUUCAUCUAUUCAACUUCAUAACAAUAUUACAUGUAUUGGUGAUAAUGCAUUUAAUUAUUGCAGUUUACUUUCAUACAUUGAGUUACCAAUGAAUAUUACAUGCAUUGGCGCCCUAACAUUUUAUUUUUGCACAUCGUUAUCAAGUAUUGCAAUCCCAGACAAUGUAAUUUAUAUAGAUGUUCUAGCAUUUUCUUAUUGUUCAUUAAAAAAUAUCACAAUCCCAGAAAAAGUAACACAUAUUUUUGGAGGGGCAUUUUGUGACUGUAGAUCACUUUCAAAUAUCAUAAUUCCAAAAAAUGUAAUAUAUAUUGGUGAUGGUGUAUUUUCUCGGUGUACUAGCUUAACUAAUAUUACAUUCCUAAAUAAUAUCAAUACUAUCACAUUUAAAAGAAACGCAUUUGAACAUAUUCAAAAUCCCAUGAAUAUCUACAUCCCAGGCAAGUUUAUUAUUUCUAUUUUAAUUAAUUUAGAAGAAGAUGAUGAAGAGGAUUUUAAUGAAGAAGACUAUUUCUCCGUAUUUCCAAAUGGAAGUAAUUUAUAUAUUACCAGCCAAACAGUUUUAUCAAACUCAUCUAGAGCUUUAUUUGGAGAAAAGCGAUUUCAUGUUCACUUUGAUAACACAAUUAAACUUUCAGAUCAAACUACAAUUGAUGUUCUUCAAUAUAUUUCCAUUGAAAAUAUCUCUAUUGCACUCUUAGCUCCUAAAACACUGCAUAACAAUAUUUGGUAUCCAUCUAAACUUUUCCAUCUCAUGAAUCUCUUCAUAAGCAUUAGCAAACGAGCUGUUUCUUGA